GACGCAGAAGAAUGCGGCAGCCUUUAUAAGAUGAUUUGCUUCCUUGUUGCUGAACGGAGCCAGAGACGCAUCACAGGGUGAGAAAUCUCUACUAAACACAAGAGCCAUCCAGAUCUGUUAUUCAGGGGGACUCAGAUUUGAUAAUUCAGAGCAAAUGGCUGAAAAAAUUGCUAUUGUUGAAAAUGACCUGAGCUGCCAUGUUUGUUCAGAGACCUUCAGAGAUCCCGUGUCUCUGAGCUGCAACCACAGCUUCUGUUCAAGCUGCCUGCAGCGAUUCUGGGAACAAGCUGGAAACAAGAACUGUCCCAUUUGUAAAACUAAGUCCUCUAAAGAUAAUACUGCGGUGAAUAUCCAACUCAAGGAACUGGCUAACUCGAUUGCUGAGAGACAGAAAACUGGAUCAACUGAGACGCAACCAGAGAAGGAGAAAGAGGAGGUGGUGUGUGAAGAACAUCCAGAAGUCCCUUAUUGGUUCUGUGAGGACGAGCAGAAAGCUGUGUGUCCUGUCUGUGAGUCCUCUCUCCACCAGAGUCACAAGGUGGUUCCUCUAGAACAAGCAGUCAGGAACCUGAAGGACAAGCUGAGAUCUGACUUGAAGUCUCUGAAGAACAAGAGGGACAAACACCAACAAGUGAAGAAAACAUACAAUGAAGUGAUUCAAUUCUCCAAGAAGCAGCUGGUGUCCACAGAGAGGAAGAUCAGAGCAGAGUUCAACAAGCUCCACCAGGUCCUGAGAGAGGAAGAGGAGUCCAGACUGACAGCUCUGAGGGAGGAAGAGGAGCAGAAGGAGAAGACUAUCAGCACAAAUGUGAAGAUGAUUGAGGAGCAGAUCUCCUCUCUGUCAGACAGCAUCUCUGCUGUUGAAGAAGACCUGCAGAAACACAAGGUGUCGUUCCUCAGCAGUUAUAAAGCCACUCAGACCAGAGCCAGAGUCCAGAGCUCACUGACAGAUCCACAGCUGGUCUCAGGAGCUCUGAUAGAUGUGGCCAAACACCUGGGAAAACUGUCCUUUGGAGUCUGGGAGAAGAUGAAGGACCAGGUCCACUUCAGUCCUUUCAUUCUGGACCCGAACACUGCAAACUCCAAGCUCUAUCUGUCUGAUGAUCUGACCAGUGUGAGACGUGGAGACACAGAGCAGCAGCUUCCUGAUAAUCCAGAGAGAUUCACUAAGUAUGUAAAUGUUCUGGGUUCUGAGGGCUUCAGCUCAGGGAAACACAGCUGGGAGGUGGAGGUGGGAGACCAUCCUCAGUGGAAUAUAGGUUUGGUUAAAGAGUCAGUUGACAGAAAGGGAGAGAAAUACGCUUCACCAAAAUAUGGAGUCUGGUGUUUAGCUCAUCGCAGUGGAAAAUACACUAAUGGAGCUGGUCAGACUGUCAAAGUGAAGAAGAGUCUCCAGAAGAUCAGAGUCCAGCUGGACUAUGACAUGGGGGACGUGUCCUUCUACGACCCUGAAGACAAGACUCCCAUCUGCACUCACAGAGACACUUUCACUGAGAAACUCUUCCCAUAUUUUUGUAUUGGAAAGUCUGGUGAUGCUAAAACUGCUGAUAUCAAGAUCUGUCAAACUGAUGUUUCUCUGUGAUGUUCAGUGAAGGUGGUGAGGUCAAAGUGACUCAUCAGCACGUAUAUUAUAGGUUUUAUGUUUUUAUUCUGUAAAUAUUUUUAAACAAUGAGCAACUAAAGCAUAAAUAAGCUGAACUAUGUGUGUGAGGGAUAAUGUUCUAAAUUGUGAUUUUGGUGUAAAUAUCCUUAAAGCACAGAUGAGUAGAUUUACUGUGAUUAUUUUAUUUCAUUAACUACUUUUCAUCUAAAGAGUUUGCAUUAAAAGGCUUUAGUUUUAAAUCACGUCAUAAAGCCUCAUCUUCAAGUCCUUUAAAACCUUACUGAUGUGAAGGUUUCAUCUGUAAAAUGUACUCAAGAAAGAUCCUCAUUAUUGGCAGCAUUUUACUGUUAUAGACUAUAACAGUAUAAUGCAGUAUACUGUUCAUAUUGUCAUCAUAUAUUUGUAGUGCUGCUGUCUUGUGAGAAACACAUAUAUCUCUAAAAAAAGAUGACAGAAUAUUGACCAUGAAAGAUCGUUAAAGUUGAAAGAAUUAAACAUUUUUUUUACAGAAUUGGGAAAUAGAUUAGAUUGUAAAAGUUAAAGGCAUAUAACAUAUUGAAAACAAAUUGUGGCUAAAAAAAGAACUGGAAAACAAAGGUUUCUACUUUUGAACAUGAGGUAACAUCCAAUAUUGAAGUAUUUUGACCUAAGGGAUAAAGAGUCGUCUGGAAUAAAUGCUCUGACAUGAAAGCACCAAAAGGUGUGUCGAGAGUAAAAGGCUUAUGUGAAAGGAACGGCUUCGUCUUUGUACCAGGAAACAACUUAAAGACUGUGUUUAUGAGUGAACACUGACUGUGACUCAACAUGUCGGCACAGGGAAAUAAAACAGGUUUUUGCACCUGAACGCCUGAAAUUAUUUUCCCAUAUGAACAGGUCUGGUGAGUGUAUUUAAAAACAUCUGAAAGAAAGUAUCGACAAAUGUGUUUCCUUCACCAGGUUAAAAAGUUAAUGACUAGAAAAAGACAAAAAAAGGGGAAAUAAGAAAGAAUAAGAAUUGAAUAAACAGUUGAAAAUGUUAGAAAGUCGAAACUGUGGAUGGAUGAAUCUUAAAAUAUAAAAAUAAAUAAAGAAGAUUAAAAGGGUGAAAAAUGAUGAUGAAGUGUAAACAAUGAGGAAGGAGCAGAUAAAGUCAUGAUGGACCGACACACCAAGACAGUGGAUUCAGUGGUACAAUCAUGACACACUCAGGGUUUAGACACAUUCUGAACAACGGAUAUCUACGACAUUUCCAUUACUUUUAACCAAAUUGAAAACACACCUGUGCCUGAACCGAUACGUUUUU